ACUCCUCCGCUGCUCCGGCCGAACCUCAACCCUGGGCGCAGCCAUGAGGUUCAUUCUGGUUUCCACCUUGUUUCUGGCUGCCGUAGUCGCAGUCCGAAGUGAAGCCACUCAGGAAAAGAAACAGGAGAAGAGAGGCAUCUUGAGUGGCAUCGGAGGCGGCUACGGAGGCGGCUACGGAGGCAGCUACGGAGGCGGCUAUGGAGGAUACGGACUAAGCAGUGGUCUGGGAUAUGGCUACGGUUCCGGUGGCUACGCUAUCGGAUCUGGUAUUGGCCUUGGGUCUGGUCUCGGGUCUGGAAUCGCGCUUAGCUCCGGCUAUGGACUUGGCUCCGGCUAUGGACUUGGCUCGGGCUAUGGACUUGGCUCUGGCAUUGGAUUGGGCUCUGGCAUUGGACUAGGCUUUGGUAUUGGACUGGGCUCUGGUAUUGCUCUCGCCGCUUCGGCUCCGUCAGUCCAAACCGUGACGCAGACCGUAGCUGUUCCAGUGCCCCAGCCCGUACCUGUGACCAUCAACAGGCCCGUGCCCGUACCUGUAGCACAGCCCGUCCCAGUGUCGGUACCCAGGCCCUACCCCGUCAGUGUCCCUCAUCCCGUACCUGUCUCUGUGCCCAGGCCGUACCCUGUGAGUGUGCCCAGGCCAGUAGCUGUGCCUGUGCCUCAGGCCGUGCCUGUGCCAGUCCCUCAGCCCUACCCCGUCAGCGUGCCUCAUCCGGUCCCUGUGCAAGUGCCUCAGCCCGUGGCUGUGCCAGUGCCUCAGCCCGUCACCGUCACUAGGCCUGUGAUAGUCGCUUCCUCUGGCUUGGGAGCCGGUCUUGGAGGAGGCAUCAGCAGCAUUGGUCUCUCCGGAGGCAGUCUGGGAGGCAUCGGCUAUGGAAGUGGCCUUGGAGGCGGUCUGGGCUAUGGCUAUGGACUUGGAGGAGGCAUCAGCAGCAUCGGUCUUAAAGGAAGCAGUCUGGGAGGCAUUGGCUACGGCAGUAGCCUUGGAGGAGGUCUGGGCUACGGCUAUGGACUUGGAGGAGGAAUCAGUAGCAUCAGUCUUGGAGGAAGCAGUCUGGGAGGCAUCGGGAUUGGUUCUAAAUAUGGUUAUGGAUCCAGCUACGGGUAUGGCUCUGGCUACAGUCUUGGGUCGAGCAAGGUGUGGUGAAGUUAAUCUGGAUAUUAAUGUCGCAAUUUUAAGAUUUUAAUUUUAACAGUUAUUCGUUCGACUCCAUUAUUGUGCGGAAAUAUAUGAUUUUAGCUACUUGACUGUCCAAUGUGCCUAAUAUUGUGAGAAAAAAAGCAUCACCGGUUGUUAUUAACGUGAAAAUCUUCAUUAGGGCUCAUUUGUUCCUUAUGUGACUGAAUUGUUCCUUUUUGUAAUUUGUUACUGUUUAUUAUACUUUUUAUUAAUAAACUUUUUAAUAUCA